AUGCUUGAUGACAAAUUAUUAGGUGCCGGAGAACGAAUAGAAAACACAAUGGAGGCUUUCAAAAAUGCUGUCGCUCUGGGUUCGGAUAUGCUUGAACUCGAUUGUCAUUUGACGAAGGACGGUGAAGUGGUAGUUUUGCAUGACUCCAAUUUACGAAGAACCACUGGGGUGGAUGUGGAAGUUUCCGAGUUGAAUUAUGCAGAACUGCCACCGUAUCUUCCCGAGUUAGUACUGGAGUUCAGACCAGAGGACCGGUGUAAAGUGUCUCCGGAGGUUGAUCGGCGUAUACUGCGCCUAGAGGACUUGUUUAAAGCAUUUCCAACCGUCCCGAUGAACAUUGACAUCAAAGUGGACAAUGAUCAGCUGAUUGCCAAGGUGGCCCAGUUGGUACGACAAUACAGGCGUGAGNAAAAAUGCAAACAAGCCAAUCCGAACAUCACUCGGUUUUUCCCGCUUCGACCGGCCGUCUGUUUGCUGCUUGCCAACGCCAUCGGCCUGUCAGCUUUCAUGCCCGCCCCGUACGAAUAUUUGGAGCUGCCCCUGAUCGCUGGAUUUGAGUACGUCUCAUCAUCAUCAUCAUCAUCACCAUUUUAA